ACUCGACGUGACGUUCCGGCUACGUCACCAAUGCUCGGCGGAGCUUCUGAUUGGUUACUGGGGUUCGCUUUAGCUGCGAUGUUUGCCAGGUUUCCCAAAAGCGAACAACAGUAUUAGAAUAAAUUAAAGUGUUAAACACUGAAAACUACAUAUAUUUUGGAGCUCAAAUUGCCCUCAGGAGAGAGUGGAGCGGCUAGUCGCUAACACAGACACUUUCCCUCGACCAAGAAGGGUGACACAACUCAACUUCACUAUUCGUGUCUUCUAUCAUCCGUCAGGUCAUGUGGAGGAAGGCCGUGCUGGUGGCCGUGUUGGCGUUGGGGAUGGGCUAUCUGUUCCACACUGACCCGGAGCUACCGGCCUAUGUGCUGAACUACGUCAGCGAAUUCCUGCCGCAGAUGGAGCCGAGUGGCGGCUCAGAGCUCCGCCCCCCGGCGCUGGAGGAGGCCAUCUCACGCGCCUGGCAGACCCUAAUCACGGCUCCGGCCCGACGCUGGGGGAGAGUGGCGGUGGGGGUGAACGCCUGUGUGGAUGUGGUGGUGUCCGGGGUGGGGCUGCUGCAGGCGCUGGCUCUUGAACCAGGAUCCGGCAGAGACCACGAGGUGCUGCGCAGCAAAGAAGACCUGAAAGAGGCAUUCAUCCACUACAUGGGGAAGGGCGCCGCCGCAGAGCGCUUCUUCUCAGAUAAGGAGGUUUUUCAAAGGAUCGCACGGGCGGCUGCAGAAUAUCCCGGCGCUCAGCUUUAUGUUGGAGGAAACGCUGCUCUGAUUGGCCAGAAACUGGCAUCUAACCCACAACUCGUGGUCCUCUUGUGUGGUCCAGUGGGGCCGAAGCUUCAUGAUAUGCUGGAUGAACAGAUUGUGGUCCCGCCAGAAUCUCUGCAGGAGACAGAUGAGUUUCACCUUAUCCUGGAGUACAAGUCAGGUGAACAGUGGGGUUCCUCGAGAGCUCCUCAGGCUAACCGCUUCAUCCUGUCCCAUGAUGUGUCCAAUGGGGAGAUGAGCACGCUGGAGACGUUCGUGGCCAGUUUGGAGGAGUUCCAGCCGGAUCUGGUUGUUCUGUCCGGACUGCAUAUGAUGGAAGGAAUGGGCCGAGAUCUCUGGGAGGAACGACUGAAAGAGGCGGUGGUUGCCAUCUCAGACGUGAGGAACGAGGUGCCCAUCCACCUCGAGCUGGCCAGCAUGACAGACAGAGACUACAUGAACCGGAUCCUGCAGGAGCAGGUCAUGCCCAUCGUGAACUCCAUCGGUCUGAACGAACAGGAGCUGCUGUUUUUGACUCAGUCCGGAGGAGGACCUCACGCUGAACUCACAUCCUGGGAUGGCAUACCCGAUGUGGGCCGCGUCAGCGACAUCCUGCUCUGGGUCUUAGAGCAGCACGGCCGGGCGGAUCCAGAAUCUGAAGCCGAUCUGACCCGGAUCCACUUCCACACGCUGGCGUACCACAUCCUGGCUACGGUGGACGGACACUGGGGGAACCAGGUGGCGGCGGUGGCCGCAGGCGCCCGUGUGGCCAGCAGUCAAGCCUGCGGCCUGCAAGUGGUAGAUAUUAAUAAGGUGGUCCUCAAGGCGCCUUUGAACUUCUACAGCUCCUUCUCAGAACCGAGGGAGAGCCUAUCGGUGGACCCGACGAGACCGGUCGCCGUGUGGCGCAGAGGGAACGUGUCUUUCCAUUUCACGCCAGUGCUGGUGUGCAAACAGCCGCUUAGAACAGUGGGAUUGGGCGACGCCAUAUCAGCAGAGGGACUUCUGUUUUCAGAGGUCGAACCUCCGUCUGAGCUCUGAGAGACACGCCAUCCCAUCUUUGAAGAAACGUCCUCGCUGUUCGAUCCUCUUGAUGAAAAAGACUUGCAGAGGAUGUUUUUUUGUUAACAUGCAGUUCGAGUGCACUGUCCUCUUUCCAGAGACUUUAUUGUUGCUACUUUUGUCUGAAAUCAUAAUGUGAAAGACAGCACUGAACGUAUCAACGCCAUUUUUUUUUUAGGAUGGUGGAUUUAAAGGAUUAGUUCAGAAUUCAAAUUUCCUGAUAAUUUACUCACCCCCAUGUCAUCCAAGAUGUUCAUGUCUUUCUUUCUACAG